AUGGUUAAAAGAAAGGCAACAAACGAUGGCAAAGAAGACGAAGGCAAGUCAAUUUUAAUACGAGUGCCGUUGGCGGGAAAAGAAACUGAUGCUUGGUAUUUUUUUCUUCUUUUUGUUCAUACAGGAGAACAAAUGAUCUUAAAAUAUAUGAAAAAAGUCAAUCGACCUUACAGUGCUACUGAUAUCUUUAAUAAUUUACAUGGAAAGUACUCAAAGCCUAGUGUUGUCCGAGCUCUAGAUAGCCUGACCGAUCAGAAUGAAUUGUUUGUAAAAACAUACGGAAAAAUGCAGGUUUAUGCAAAUAUAGAAGGAAUUAAAAAUGAAGAUCUGGAGGGUCUACAGAAGCAAGUGACUGUCCUUGAAGGAAAGAUGUCGAAUAUGGUAGAAGACAAUCGAAAACUUAAUCACACUUUGUCUGACUUGAAAAAGGAACCAACCACAGAAAACGCCAAGGCUCUUCUGGAAAAGAGGAAAAGAGAGAAUGCUCAAAUGAGAGAACAUCUCGAGACAUUGAAAUCGGGCGCCGUUCUUGUCACCCCAGAAGAUCGAAAGAAGAAUGAUGCCGAAUAUGAGCUAUACAGAAAAGAAUGGCGCACCCGGAGAAAAUUGUUUAGAGAUAUUUUCAAUGCUGUUACAGAACACAUGCCAGGCAAACCAGCAGCAUUUAUGGAAGAGCUUGGGAUUGAGGAAGACCCGGUGUCUUAUGAAAAGGACACAUUAGAAUAG